AUGUCGUAUUGGCGUGACUUUUUAAGUGUGUUUGAUAACGAGUCGAAUCAGGGGAGUUAUGAUAACAAUCAAGAUAACAAUCCGGGUGUGUUUGAUCUGAAUGCUCCGUUCGAUCUCAAUCUUGCCUCUGAUGCAGUUCAGAAUAAUUGGAGUUUGGAUGACUUUCAGCCUAAUUAUGCUAGUUAUUAUCCAUCGCAACACCCCGUUAGUUUUGAAUCCCCUUCUGCUAGUGGUGGUCCGCCGACCGGUAGUUUCCAUUCUCCUCCCAUAAGUGGUGGACCGUCCGUGGGACCAAAGGCUGACCAGGAACCUAGUGAGUUUCAAAACAAUCAGAAAUUCGCUAGCAUGGAUGAAUUGGUGGAGUGGUGUAGAGAAGUCGGACGUGAAAAUGGCUACGCCAUCAUCACUAAAUGCACCAUCUCCAAUAAACCCCCAAGUGGUCAGCCAUUAAAAAUUUGGCUUACGUGUGAUAGUGCCGGCCAGCAUAACUCAACAGCCACGGUCAGGCGCAGUGGGACCAGGAAAACCGGUUGCAAGUUCCAACUGAUCGGGACAUACAGAAAGAGAGGGUCAUCCGUCCCUAAUGAGGCUGACUCCAAUGGAAGAGAGGACGGUGGAGCAACUUCGCAUCAGAACAUAAAACCACGAGACAUUCUUGCUGCCAUUAAAGAACAAAACCCCCAUAAUGUCUCAAAAAGAAACACCAUAUACAACGCUCGGGCCAAAUUGGGUCGAAUGGAACAAGUCGGCGAGACUCCAAUGCAGAUACUUUUCGACCGGUUGGAGAAGGUUGGGUUUGUUUUUUACCAUAGAACAUCUGAAAACGGCGAACGAGUUGAGGAUGUUUUCUUCAUCCACCCAAAGUUGAACAUGUUGUGGCGCGCCUUCCCGCAUGUGUUGCUUAUAGACGCCACCUACAAGACGAAUCGGUACAAAAUGCCGCUAGUUCAGGUUAUCGGUGUUACAUCCACGUUGAUGUCGUUUUGCAUUGCUCAUGCGUUCAUAAGCAACGAGAAACAGGAAAACUUCACAUGGGUUCAACAGAGGUUGAAAGACUCAUUAGACAGUGUUAUGGAACCCCGUGUAACAGUAACGGAUAGAGAUCGCGCCCUAAUGAAAGCAUGUGCAAUCGUGUUUCCCAAGGCUAGACAUUCAUUGUGUAGGUGGCACAUACAGCAAAACGUUGCCAAGCAUUGCAGGCCAAGCUUUAAAACCGAAGAAAGCUGGGAAAGGUUUCUUUACAAGUGGGGCAGGCUAAUUAACUCAACGACCGAUCUUGACUACAACUACUGGUACGAGUAA